AAGUAUCCUUGGAUUAAGCUUUUAGAGUUUUAGUGGUUAACCUAAAGCCCCCAACCAGAACAAACGUAGAACGCUCCAUGCACAAAGCUCUAAAACCCUGUGAUGGAGAAAGAAGCAGCAGCUACUUCAAACCCUAAGGAGGCUCCUACCUGCCAAGAGUGUGGCCGCAAUCCAUCAAAAUACAGAUGCCCGGGUUGCCAUCUUCGCUCUUGCAGCCUUCCUUGCGUCAAAGCUCACAAGAAGCGUACUAGCUGUACGGGCAAGAGGGACCGAACCCAAUUCGUCCCUCUCUCAAAGUUCGACGAUAAUCUCCUCAUAUCUGAUUAUAAUCUUCUUGAGGAAGCAAAAAGAGUAGCCGAAGCUUCUCAGAGACGGCGAAAUGGGUGGUCAGUCGGGUAUCCUUCUUUCAGACUACCCCAUAGGCUUUACCUUCUUCGGAAUGCGGCAAGUAAGCGUCGUACGCGGCUUCUUUUUCUCCCAAGUGGAAUGACAAGGAGGGAGAAGAACCAAUCACGAUAUGACCAAAGGAAGGAAUCUAUUUCCUGGACAAUUGAAUGGCGGUUUCAUUCGACAAAUGUUGUUCUUCUUGACCACAGAGUAGAUGAGAACACAAACCUCUGCUCCAUAAUUGAGAAGCAUCUGGUAUCUGGUCCAUUGAAUCAUCAACUGAAACCAUUUUGCAAGGAGCCUUUGGAACACCUUAAGCUCUUCAUUCAGAUAAAUCCAAAGGGUUCUCAGUCACCAUUCCGUGAGUUGGACAUAAAAGCCCCUAUAAGAGAACAGUUGGCUGGCAUAACUAUUGUGGAGUACCCUGUUAUUCAUGUUUUUCUACCUUCAGAUAGCUAUGAUUUUGAUAUUAUUAGAGAUUCGGAACCAUCUCUUCAGAAGGUAGAUGUUACGGAGUCUGUUAGCAAUGAUCAACCAAGCCCAAAAGGUGUUUUGUUCAGGGAAGAGGAAAUAGAAGAAGAUGGCAUGUCCUCUGAUACCCAGAUUUUCGAUCUUCUGAAGUAUAUAAAUCAAGAGCCUAUGGAAAAUUUUCAGAGUUCUAAUGUUGCACAAGUUCAGGAAAGAGGGUCUGAUGAAGAAGAUAACCAAUCUUCUGAAAUAAAAUUGUCAGGAGUUCCCCAAGAAGGAAAUCCCUUAUUGGGGAAUGAGUUACGAAAGUAUACAGCAGAAGGUAAAGAUGUUUAUUUUGAUUCCAUUCCAAAAGAUUUGCGAGUUGCAGAGAAUGUGGAUUUUGAUUUUAGCCAAGAUCUUAGAGAUGCUUACUCAGGCCUCAUAGAACAAGCCAAUCCUGAUGGAUUUCUUGACCUGGAAGGUCAGUUUGAUGAAGAAAUGGAAUUGGAAGGAAUAAGAGAUGCCCUUCAUAACAGUGGAAUGUUUUCCAUGGAGGAGGAAUUAGAGGAAGGGGAGAUACCGGGGUUCUGAAAAUUUGGAAUUCAUUGCCUCAAGGCAACAAGAAACCAGAUGCUGAACCAAGCAUCUGUUGAGAACCAUCACACAUGUUCCAACUCCCAUGAUUGUAAUGGCCUCCCAUGUCACAAAUUUGAGGUCCAAAUAUAAUUACAGUUUCCUGUCAAAGAGUACAGGAUGUUAAGAGUUUCAGGUAUGAAAAAAAGUGUUGUUAUGCUUGGCGUCUCAACUUAACCUGGGACGAUAUAAAUUUUCUGCACACUACCUGGGAAGUUUGGUGCUAAAUUAUAAGGUUACGGGAGAAAGUCAGAAAACCAAGCCUGGGAUGGUAUCGGUAAUAUGUUCUUAUUAGUAUGCUAUACAUUUUCAUUUUUCCUUCCGGCUCCAUUUGUUUGCAGUGCAAUUUCAUUUCACUAGUACAAAUCCAUGGGAGUACAACUGUACAAGUGAGAAUAGUGCAAAUUCUAAUGUAAUUUUGCUUUGGGUUUUAUUUUAUUUA